CUUCUCAGUGACACCCCGUCAUUAGACAGGAAAGUUGGGACAAAAACGAUACUGACAUGGCGGCAGGAGAGAAAGGAGAGGCGCUUGAAACUUUGCUAAAUAAGGUGACCGAUCCGGAGAACGAGUCGGAACGGUGGGACUGCAUUCAGGCAUUUUAUGAACAGGUCAACAGAGAGACAGAUGGGCCGCAGACUGCAACGCGGCUGCUCGCUCACAAAAUCCAGUCUCCUCAGGAGAGAGAGGCUCUCCAAGCUCUUACGCUGCUGGAGGCUUGUAUGAAUAAUUGUGGGAAGAAAUUUCACAGUGAGGCUGGAAAGUUCAGAUUCCUCAAUGAACUCAUCAAAGUGCUGUCACCAAAGUAUCUGGGAACGCGGAGCACAGUGUCUGUGAAACAGAGAGUGACCGAGGUUCUGUACGGCUGGUCAGUGUGGCUGAAGGACGAGCCAAAGGUCCAGGAAGCUUAUCAUAUGUUGAAGAAACAAGGAAUUGUUAAUAAAGACCCCAAACUACCUGACAUGAUAAUAGCACCACCGCCGAGCCCAAGAGCAGAGGCCUCCGUGUUUGACGAUGAAGACAAGUCAAAGUUGUUGGCAAGGUUACUAAAGAGCCCUCGUCCAGAGGAUCUUCAAACAGCAAACCGUCUGAUCAAGAACAUUGUCAAAGAGGACCAGGACAAAAUGGAGAGGGAACAUCAGCGCAUCAGCACACUGCAGGAUGCAGAGACUAGUACGACGCAGCUCCAAGAACUACUGAGCCAACACAUCAGGACCACGCCCAACACACAGUGCACCCAGCAGAUGAAGAUGUUGUAUGAACACUGCGAGAAGCUGAGACCAAGCCUUUUCCGUCUGGCUAGCGAUACAAUGGACAACGAUGAGGCAUUAGCCGAGAUCCUGCAGGCCAAUGACAAACUGACGUUGGUGGUAAACUGCUACAAACAGCAGGUGGAUGGGACGAUGUCCAGCGUCAGCUCUGACAAGGAGCAUACAAGUAACCACGCUCCGACAAGCCCCCGAGAAAUUAAAAGUUACCAUCUGAUUGACCUCUCUGCUCUGGAGUCAACACCAAAAGAGAACUCACUGCUCCAAACACCGGGUGACACUCACUCCUCCACAUCGCAGGAGCUCAACCCCACAGGGUUUGGACUCCAGAGAACCGCCUCAACACAGAGCUAUCAGAGUUCCAAAUCCUACCUGGAAGAACUCAUCCAGUUGGAGGACAGUGGAAGAGGAGACGACGGGAUGGAGACAUAUCAGAUCUGUGGAGGAGAUUCCUACUUACAGAAUUCCUCCCCAGUGCUGCCAGUAUUCCAGCCAGCUUUUCGUGACCUGCGGAGUCAGUCAGCCGUAACCCCGACAUCCCUGGCCAGCUGUGGUAUGGUUACCGUGAACACGCCCUUUGCAGGCAUGGAUGUGUCAUUGGACUCCAUUAAGCCCAGUCGAAUUGAGCCAAUCACAUUGUUCGACUGCAACGGCGUGCGCGUUUCAUUGCAUUUCUGUCGAGAGCCCCCGCCCCCACAGCCCCACCUUGCCAUCUUCAUCAUCUCUGUUGUCAACACUUCAGCAUUUCCUGUCACCAGCGUCCUGCUCCAGGCUGCUGUUCCCAAGACGAUGAUGGUGAAGUUACAGCCUGCUUCUGGAAAAGACCUGCCACCUUACAACCCUAUAUCGCCCCCUGCUGCCAUCUCCCAGAUACUACUGCUCUCCAACCCAUACAAAGGUCCAGUCCGUCUGCGUUACAGACUAUCACUGACUCAGGGGUUGGAGUCUGUCAGUCAUACUGGAGAGACAGACCAGUUCCCAGACUGGAAUUCAUGGACCUGCCUCUGA